CUGCCGUUUAAAAGCGAAAGAGAAAUUAAUCCGAGGAGGAACACUUUAUAUAACUCCUUUUAUUUUAUUACACGCUAUCUUCUCCUUCUACAGACUUAUAAGACAUUAAGAACAUGAAAGACUGACAUAUUGGGCAUGAAGUUCACAGACCCCUGAUGAAGGACAAAUCCUCGUGAUGUGUGAGCUCUAAACGUGGAGAGUGGAGAGAAAACAAAGUGAAAGCACCAUGAACCUUCAGAUGCAAUGGACUCUUCUUAUCUUAUUGUUUCUACACAACUCAGAUAUCUCCUGGGCAGAUAGCUUCAUCGUUGUUGGUCCUUCUAAGCCCGUCGUCACUUAUGUUGGUGAAGAUGUGGUCCUGCCAGCCUCCCUCUCACCAGCGCUUAAUGCUGAGGCCUUUGAAGUGAGGUGGUUUACAACUGACAUCAUAAGACCAGAACUGUUAUACGCCAAUUACAGAAUAAUACAACAGAGUGACACAAGAAGAACUCUGAGCAUAGACAACCUCAAGAAUGGCAACGUGUCUCUAAUAAUCAGAAAUGUCCGUGUUUCUGAUGAUCAUCUCUACAGGUGUCUUGUGUACUCUGGACAAAGAGAAGAGGAGACUCAGGUCUCACUCACUGUUGAAGUUUUAGGUGCUCAGCCCUCCAUUUCUAUGAGCUCCACUGAAGGCCAGAAGACCCAACUGGAGUGCAGCGCUGAGAAGUGGAACCCCCAACCAGAAGUCACCUGGAGGGACAUGAAUGGGGCAGACGUGACGUCACAAUCCACAAUAAAGUCAGAGCGGGACUCCGAGGGUCUUCUGAGAGUGAGCAGCGUCCUCCCGGUGAAGGAGGAGUACAACGUGUUCAGCUGUCUGAUGAGAAGUAAAGCACCAAAGCCAGACUGGCACUCCGGACUUGGCAUCUACAGUUUCUCCCCAGGGGUCUCUGGCUGGUUGGUGGCUUUCUGCAUCUUGUUGGUUCUUUGCUUAGUGGUGACACCCCUGCUGGUCAUUCAAUGGAGAAGAAUGAGAGAAACAAACACCAGAUAUGAUUCAAUAGGUGAGUACAGUUUGAUUUCAGUUACUUUGUGGCUUUUACUGUCAUCGGUGAAUCCUGAGACGUGUCAGUCAGUUUGUAUUUUGAUCAAACAAUUCACAGUUAGCGGCUGUAGGAGUCCACACUGGAAAUCCACUGAAAAUGGAAGGACAUGCAGACUGUCCACUGGAGACAUCAUACCAGGAGCUGAACUGGAGUUUGAGUGCUGUGGGCUGACAAACCUAACGUCACGUGUGCUCUGAGUGCCAAAUGGCUCCUCCAUUACACAUUUAGUC